GCUGAGGGCGCGGCGGCUGGGCUGUGCCGGCGGCUGGCAGCUGGGCUGGGCUGGGCUCGCAGCCAUGACGUGAGCUGCGGAGCAUGGCCCUCACCACCGGCGUACCGCAGGUGAACGCCAAGCGCGCCACGUACCGUCAGCGGCGGAUGGGCCCUGCGCCCUUCGCCUCGCUGGAGGACCUCAGCGACGACCAGGACAGCCCGCCGCCCAGCGGGGGCGGAGGAGGCGGCAGCGGGGGCGGCAGUGGGGGCGGCAAGCUGCCGGGCAUCCGCGAGGAUCCGCAGCCGUCGUCGUCGCUGCACACGCCGUCGACGCCGCGCAUCGACAUCUCGCGCGCCAGCUCCAGCUCGCACCACGACUCCAACAACAGCUCGCCGGAGAGGGAGCUGUUCGCAGGUGAGGUGCCGUGCAAGCUGGGCCUGGGCUUCAAGGAGGACGCGGCGGACCUGCGCUCCAGCACGGAGGAGCUGGACCUGGGCGACGACGACCCGGUGGGCUGCGAGGAGCGGCCGCGCAGCCGGCGCGGCUCCGCGCGCUCCGCCCGCGCCCUCGGCAUUAAGCAGGAGGCCGGCGGGCGGCCGCGGGGCGGCUCGCUCUCCAAGUACGAGCUGGACGCCGCCGCCGCCGCCUCCGCGCACGAGCGCAAGGACUCCCUCUCCAUCGUCAGCACCGGCAGGACGUCGCGGCUCUCCUCCGUAGGUUCGGCGGCGUCGGGGGCGUCGAGCGCGGCGUCGCACCUGUCGGUGGCGUCGUCGGGGGGCGGGCGGUCGCCGUCGCCGCACAAGAUGCUGCUCGAGACGUCCUUCUGCGGCUCCAAGCCGCUGCUGGCGCAGCCCAGCAUCGAGCUGGACGAGCUGCCGCCCAGCGCCAAGGAGGCCAUCGCACAGGUGGACGGCUCGAUGCUGGGGGCGGCGGCGCGGCGGAGGCGGCGCCCCGAGGACGGCCCGCCGCUGCUGCUGCCCAACGUCAGCCCCGUGGUCAGCCCCGCGGAGCGCGAGCUGCUCGCCGCCAAGGAGCGCGCGCUCGCCGAGGAGGUGGUGCGCGAGCUGGAGAGCCGGCGGGCCGAGAAGCCGGCGGCGCCCGCGUCGCUCAGCCUGCCGGUGUCGCCGCCGCCCACGGGCGCCGCCCCCUCGCGCACGCCGUCGGCGUCGCCCAAGCCGUCGCGCCGCCCCCAGCGCGGCGCCCUGCGCGACGCCGACUCGCGCACGCCGUCGCCCGGCUCCGUGUCGCGCAAGAGCUCGUUCGCCUCGCUCUUCCGCAGGGGCGGCGGGGGCGGCAGCAGCGGGGGCGGCGAGACCACGCCCUCCACCGUCGUCAGCCCGGAGUCGCCCACCGGCUCCACCGGUGUCCGCCGCAACAAGUCCGGCAGCUUCUCCACCAUCCUGGGCGACGGCUUCCGCGAGAGGUCUCGGUCGCGCAGCAAGAGCCGCGAGCGCCAGCAGCCGGCGCCGCAGCAGGAGGCCAAGCCGCGCUCCAAGGGCGUCUUCUCGGCGCUCUUCAAGAAGAAGGACCGCAAGAAGGCCGGCCACGCCGAGCAGCCGUCUCCGGGAGACCUGCCGUCGCCGGAGUCCAGGGUGCCGCAGCAGGCGGCGGAGCCACUGGCCACAGUCGAGUUCAAGUUCGACUCCGAGGCGGAGGCGCCGGCGUCAUCUGCCGCCGCCGCGGCCGCAAACCAGCCACCAGCCGCCGCCGUGGCGCAGGCGCACCGGCGGGCCGCCUCCAACAAGCGGCGCGCCAUGCACGAGGCGCAGCUGCUGCCGGCGGAGUGCCAGGGGCUCGCAGACGUCAUCGCGGGCUCCGGGCUCGACAGGGAAGGUGCUAAAAAAGGGACACAGAUCGCUCAUGGCUCAGCGAAUAUUAUCAUUUUAUUCCCGCCCCCGCCACCCCCGCACAAGAAGUCCCAGCAGCAGCAGCAGCAGGCGGAGAACAGGGAGAGGGAGGCGGGGGCGGAGCGGCCGCCGGCGGAGCCGCCACGCCAGCAGCGGACGCCGUUCCGGUCGGAGCGCGAGCAGGAGGAGCGGCUGAGCGAGCUGCGCAAGCUGAAGCCGCGCCGCCCGCCGGAGGAGGGGCAGCCGCAGCCGCAGCAGCCGCAGCAGGCGCGGCCCCCGCUGGACGCGCCGCCCGCAGACCUGCCGGAGGCGGCCGGCACCGGCGAGAGGCGCGGCCGCCAGCCCGACACCGCGCAGGUGCGGCCGGCGGAGAGUGUGGCAGUGGUGGAGCUGCAGCCGAAGCCGCAGCCAGAGUGUGCCCCGGAGGCUGGUCCUGACGCGGUGAAGCCGCCGUCGCUGGACGUGGAGGCAGGCGGUGGGCAGGUACAGCUGGGCGGCUGCAGCGUGGCCCACCAGGCGCUCUCCGAGGAGGCCUCCCCGGCCGGCAGCGCCGUCCUCCCAGCACAGGCGCCGGCGAGCACGGAGGAGGAGCGCAUGUCGUCCGAUUCGGAGGCGGAGUUCGCGCGCGUCGCGGCCGCCGUGCUGGGGGCGGAGCCCGCGCCGCUGCUGGCCGCCGCGGGGGCGGACGAGGCGGAGGAGGCGGACGGCGACGGCGACGCCGAGCGCCAGGGGCUCGUGCUGCAGGACUCGUUCGAGGGCGAGCUGCCCUACGUGCCCACCACGCUGCCCCAGGAGCGGUCUGUGGCGGUGCCGAUCCUGCCGGUGCGGCAGCGGGCCGCGGCCGACGUGCGCACCUGCCCCAUCGAGCGGCCGCGCUCCACCACGCCCAUCAACCCGGCGCUGCUGGACGAGUACGUGCAGCACGAGGCGCCCGCGCCGCCCCCGCCGCCCUUCCUCAACUACGAGCCACCCUGGGAAAAUGCGCGCCAGACUGUACGGCCACCUCCGCCGCCACGGUGUUUCGCACUUUGCAGCAGGACGCCAUCCGGGAGGUCGUGGUUCGAGUUCGCGGAGCAGGGCGCCGGCCUGCAGAGCCCGCGCGAGGGCCGCAAGCCGUCGCUGUCCGCGUCGUCGCCGUCGCCGCCGCCGCCGCCGCUGCCGCCGCGCGCCAACCCGCCGCCCCCGCCGCCGCCGCCCCCGCAGCCUGCCGCCCCCGCAACGCGCCAGUGGAUCAACUUCGAGGAGAUCCCCGAGAAGCGCAAGCCGCCGCGCCGCAUCCAGACGCUGCCCGCCUCCACGGCGGGGCCGCCCGUCGUCUACAGCUAUGUCGAUCCAGAAGAGUGUGAGUGUGAGUGCCAUGAGACUUCUGGUGGCAAGGGUCGGUCCCACUCUGCUGCCUCCACCUCAAAAAAGAAGAAGGAAAAGGACAAGGACAAGGAGAAGGAAAGAGACAAAGAGAAGGAUAGAGAGAAAAUAAAAAGUGAUGAAAGAACAAGAAGUAGAAGCCGCAGUCGGAGCCACAGCAGGAGCCGAGAAGUGGCAGCUGGAGAUGGAAAGACUGCAAAUGUGAACAAGGAGCAGAGGCAGACGGCCCCCACAUCAUCUCCAACAGCUGAAGCUCACCACCACCAUCACCACCAGCAGCAGCAGCAGCAGCAGCAGCAGCAGCAGCCCACUGCUUCCUCCACCGGGGACAGACUGGAGGUUACAGACGUUGCUGACAGGAACUCCUACCUCAGUGACUCUUCUUAUGAAUUUCCCAAUUCAUAUUCGAUAGAUACUAGUGAUUAUUCGGAUGGUCUGAAGCCAAUGAAGCCAUUUGGUAUGGACCUGGAUGUGACCAGUAACAGGAGUAGCAUUAUUUCUCAGCAGGAUGAGACGCAGUCUCCUGAGGUGGGCUCUCCAAAUGGGAAUGAGACAAAACAUCGCCAGUAGUCACCCUCGAUUAGAAGAUGUGAGAGUGAGUGUUAUAGAAGAAAUUUAGAUACCAUCUGAACAUUAUUCUGCUGUUCUGCUCAAAGUUUGGUAUAUUAUUAAUGGCACUGCCAGUGUCCAUUUUCUGCAACAGCAUUUUUUUUAGUGUUGUGUUUAAUGAUGAUGUACGGUAAAGGCUCUACACAUACGGAAUACACACCAUUGUUUUAGCGGAGUAUUUCACUUUACAGUUUAUUUUCUCAUUUUUUGGAAUCUUUUGAUGCUGUAAUAGUUUUUACCUUAGUCAUAUUGUGUGUAAGUUUUCAGCUGUUAUGCAGGUAUAUCUAUAUUUGUUUCUAAGUUCUGAUUUUAGAAAACACAGUGAGAAGAGAGUGCUGUGUGAUCUGUACAUUAUGAGCAUCUCCAAUGCUGGAGUCUAAUAAGAAUAUGUCCCGUAAUGUUCCUAAUGAAUUCCUACAUUUGAUGUUACUCAAACUCAGUACUUGUCCUAUGCUUAAUAAAAGAAACAUACCCCCCUGUUAUACAGCUGUUAUCAAGUAAAGCAAUUGCAGUGUGAAACUCUGUAGUUCACUUUCAGAGAAAUGUGUACUAUAACACUUCUCUGUGCACCACUACUAUCAUGAAGUUUGACUGCCUUAUAAUCUAAAACUUCUAGUAGUCAUUUCCUAGAGGAACAUUAUGACGCUUUACUUCUGUAGAAAGAACUGCACAUUACCUGCUUAUGGUGGGAGGAGGAGGAGUGUGGGAGAGGGAGAGGAAGAGAGAGAUUGAGUUUGUGUGUGUGUGUGUGUGUGUGUGUGUGUGUGUGUGUG